GGGCACAAAGACUGGUAUGUUUUAUUAACAGCUUUUUACCCAUCCCCCUGACCAUGACCACCUAAAGAAGAGGUAGUAGUUUAUUUACUUUCUAGCUUUAUUGCAUUCUCUCUUUUGAUCUGGAAAGAUGUUUUCUCAGUUUAUUUUAUAUAUACAAUCAUUUCACUAAGACAAUAUUUUUUUUUUUUUUUUAUAUAUUCAUUAAGAUCUUACACUUUGAUAGUUUAUUGCUGUUCAGCAGUAGGUUAUAUAUGUGGGUAAGACCAAGAGAAUUGAUCGGCUUGUAAGGAGAAAGGGGGGGCAUAGGUCAGCAGUCAAACACAUAUCUGUUACUUAAAAGCAUAGAUAAGGGGAUACAAUAGUUGUAAAUUGUGAUAAAGAAGAGAUCAAUGGCUGAAAGCAGCAGCUCCAAGGAGCAGAGGUGGCUUCCAAAGCGCAUAAUCUUGGUCCGGCAUGGUGAGACCAUGGAGAACAAAGAUGGGGUUUUGCCAGAUCACAGCAUUCAAUUGACCAAAAAGGGCAUGGACCAAGCCAAGGAAGCAGGUGUAUUGAUCAAGGGACUGUUGGACGAGAACUGCAACUGGAAGGUGUACAUAUAUGUGUCCCCUUAUAAAAGCACUAGAUCGACACUGAGGGAAAUGGGCCGGGCUUUUCCGGAGAGCAAGAUAGCUGGAGUGAGAGAAGAGUGCAGGCUCAGAGAACAGGACUUGGGGAAUUUCCACGAUACCCACAAAAUUAAGCAGCUGAACGAGAUGAGGAAUAAAUUUGGAAGAUUCUUCUAUAGAUUCCCUGAUGGAGAAUCGGGUGCUGAUGUGUACGAUCGAGUGUCAAAUUUUCUUGAAUCACUGUGGAGGGACAUAGAGAUGAAGAGGUGCAUUCCUAAUAAUAAUAAUAAUGAUGGGGGGAGUGGCGAGCUGAAUCUUGUGAUAGUGUCGCACGGUCUGGCGAUUAGGAUAUUUAUGAUGAGGUGGUUCAGGUGGAGUGUGGAUCAAUUCGAGAGGCUCAAGAAUCCAGAUAAUUGCGAGUUUAUAGUGAUGCAGUUAGGAUCCGGUGGAGAGUACAGCCUCUCCAUAAAUCACAAUGAUCACAAGCUCACAGAAUGGGGACUCAGCCAUGAAAUGAUUGCCGACCAGAGACUUCGAGCUUCGGGCUCCUCUGACGCCCUGAAACAAGAAGACCAUCAUUGUCUUUGGUAUGAUGCUUUCUUUUCCCACUCUGAACAGCAAGAUCAGGAUCAAGAUGAAGAUCAUAAAACCACCAAGUAAAAUUAUGUUUUUGGCCUUGACACAAGUUAAUUUUCAGACAUACAUUUCUCAUCCUUUUUUUUUUUUUUUUGUAUGCUGUCGUUACUUUGCUUCUUGAUAAUUGCGUUUGGCUUGAUGAUGAUAUGAUAUGCCUUUUUUUUUUUUUAUGA